GUAGGAGAACUAGGACAGUGUGGGAUUUAACAUCCAAAAAAUGUCUGAUGACAUGAAGGAUGUGGCUCAGGAGAAGUACAAAGUGGUCUCAAAGAAACUUGAUGGUUAUUAUAAGAUAGUAAAACAACAAAUAUUAUGUUAUCAGAGUCCUAUAACUGGAUUAUUUCCGGUCGAUACGUCUGCCAUCAACCAAGAAGCUAAAGUACGGGAUAGUGUGUACUGUGCAGUAGCAUUAUGGUCUUUAGCAUUAGCAUACAGGCGUAUUGAUAAUGACCUUGGCAGGACUUAUGAACUUGAGCAAAGUGCUGUGAAAUGUAUGCGAGGAAUUCUGUUCUGUUAUAUGCGACAAGCUGAUAAGGUUGAAAAGUUCAAGUAUGAGCAAGUGACCCACAAUGCACUUCAUGCAAAGUAUAAAAUGGAUGGAAAAUUGAUUACAGAACAUGACUACGAACAUUUACAAAUUGAUGCUACAUCGUUGUACUUAUUGUAUUUGGCACAGAUGAUACAAUCUGGUCUCCAAAUUAUUUAUACCAUGGAUGAAGUAAACUACAUCCAGAAUGUUGUCUACUACUUGGAACGUGCUUACAGAACUCCUGACUAUGGUAUAUGGGAGAUGGGAAGUAAAUAUAACAAUGGAACUGUAGAAAUGCAUGCAAGUUCAAUUGGUAUGGCUAAGGCAGCGUUAGAAGCUAUGAGUGGUUUCAAUUUAUUUGGUGAACAUGGUGCAGCCUGGUCUACAAUUUAUGUCGAUAUUGAUGCACACAAUAGAAACAGAACAACUUUAGAAACGUUAUUACCAAGGGAAAGUAGCUCAAAGAACACUGACGCCGCUCUCAUUACAACGUUGAGUUUCCCUGCGUUUGCUGUCAGUAAAGAAGACGUUGUCAAAAAGACUCUUGAUAAGUUAAUACGCAAACUGAGAGGGCGAUAUGGAUUUAAAAGAUGUUUACGCGAUGGUUAUGGUACAGUUCUAGAAGAUAGAAAUCGGAAGCACUAUAGACCAGCUGAAAUAAAGUUGUUUGAUGGAAUUGAAUCCGAGUGGCCCAUCUUUUUUGCUUACAUGGUGAUUGAUGGUGUUGCUAGGGGAAACAAAGAACAAGUUGAUGAGUAUGAAACUCUUCUCCGACCACUAGUAAAAUAUAGUCCUGAAGGACCAUUACUACCAAAAUACUACUAUGUUCCAAAGAACCAUGUUGAAGCUGAAAAGAAGAAUCCCGGAAGUCAAGAGAAAGACCCUAGUGAAGAAAUAUAUUUUAAUAAAAUAUUUCUCUGGGGACAAGCCAUCUACUUUAUAUCUCGACUAUUAGUUGAAAACCUCUUGAACUUUCAAGAACUUGAUCCUCUUGGGCGGUUCAAAGGAACUGGUAUGAAAAAGAAGCAGGCAGGACGAUAUGCCAUGUUCAAGAAACCUCCAAAAGAUUUAUGUAUUCAAGUAGCUUUGAUCGCAGAGUCUUCUCGAUUACAGUCUAUGCUAGCGACAUAUGGUAUACUAUCACAGACGCCUGUACAAUGUGAACCCUAUGAGAUAUGGCCACCCAACGAAUUAGUACGAGCUUUCGAAAACCUUGGUGUUAAUACGAAGCUAGGUUUAUCUGGCCGACCCCCGAGACCAAUCGGAAGUCUGGGUACGAGUAAAUUAUACCGAAUAUUGGGAAGGACUGUUGUAUGUUAUCCCAUUGUGUUUGAUUUGACAGAUUUCUACAUGGCACAGGACAUGUCUCUUUUAAUUGACGAUAUUAAGUCUCAUCUUGCAUUCAUCCGGGAUGCCUGGACGAUGCAUGCUAGACCCACAUUCUGUGUUAUCAUAAGAGAAGACCACAUCAGUGGAAGCAGUCCAUAUGAAAUGUUGGAUUUACUUGCAUCGUUCAAGAGAGGUGAAUGUAAUGGAAUUAAAGUAAAGAUUGGUCGCUUACAAACCAUGAUAGAUACGUCCAUAAUUGAACCAUUGGAGUUUAUAAACCUGGAGCAAGAGAGAACAAGGUUGAAUUUACAACAGCCCUUAUUUCAACGUCUUGAAGAAGUAAAAGUUGGUCAUUCACCAUUAAAGCCAGUUAGAAGUAUAACAAGCAUUGUACCCAGCUAUCUCCCUGAAGAUCAGGACUACAGCAUUCAGGAAUUUGAAAACAAAUCUGCAUAUGAAAUUCUUCAGAAAUUAAACAUGCACGAGAGUAUGGUAUGGCAAAGUAUGCUUCUUGGCUUGGUGCUGAUGAAGGAAGGUGCACAUUACCUUACUGAUGGAGGUACUGUUGGUAGCAGGCUAGAGAAAUUGUACCGUCAAGCUGGUGUCAUAAAACAGUGGGCUAUAGUGCGAUAUUGUGCCAGUCUGUUAAAUAAAGUAGUAGACAGUCUGGCUCCGGGUAUUACAACCAUGCUUGUCAGAGGAAAACUGGUAACUGUUGGCACAUUUGGACAUGAAGAACAAGUUAUAUCAACACCCCUAACUCCUAAAGAAAUUGCACAAAUGAUUUAUUCGAGGUGCAGUCCUUAUGAUCUUAGAGAGUGUGUUCUUCAACAAGAGUUGAUCAUUGACCUGGCUAAGCUGAUGCAGAGUAAUCCUGAUUUGUUUGAUGGUAUGCUUAAGAUUAGAGUUGGAUGGGUUAUCCAUGCUAUGAAAGCUGAGCUCACCAUCAAUGAUCCAGAUUCAGGCAUGACAAUCCAUGACUUAUCACCAACUCAAGUUAGGGAUUUAUUGCAUUCAGUACUUAGUUCAGAUUCAAGUGAUGGAGAUCAUUGUGAUAGGAGUUGGUUACAGAAACGUCAAAUGGAUGGUGCUCUCAAUAGGAACCCACCUGGAUUUUAUGACAAAGUGUGGGAAAUCUUAGAAAGAACUGUUGAGGGUAUGGUGAUAGCUGGCUACUACCUUCCACAACAACCUACGAUAUCAGAUAUGACAAAGAAUGAACUCAAUUUUGCUAAGAAAGUAGAAGAAAUGCUUGGGAGGAUAUCACAACCAGAAUAUAGACAAAUGAUGGUAGAGUUAUUGGUGGUAGUAGCUACCAUAUUAUAUCGUAAUCCAGAGCUAGUCUUUCAGGACUGUGUUGACAUGGACCAGCUGCUGAAUGACGCGUUUGACGAUUUCCAAAAAGAGUUGCAUGACCACGAAAAACAAGAUGACAUGACUGUGUUUUUUGAUUGCCCACCAUUUGCAAAACAUGGCACAGCAAGUUACAUGGCAAAAGCCGUUACCCACAAACUGCUCGACAGCGCAGUGCAGGUUGACCAAUCUGAGGCUUGUGUUAUUAGCUAAUAUUAUGUGCAUAAUCAUGACUUGAGUGCUCAAAGGGUUAAACUGGAUGAAUUAAUACAGAUUAUUUACGUCUGGCCAAACUUUACCAAUGACUAUAUUACGCAUCAGAUUGAUCAAUUCUCCAAACUGAAUGACAAUUAUAGUUUAUCAAAAACUAAAUGAAUGCACAUACAAACUGCGGCAGACACUUUGUAUGAAUAAAAUGUUGAAAUUCAGGUUACCAGUCAACCUAAAACUGAAUGUGAUAAAAAGAUAUACCUGAGAACCCCAUGUGAUGUUAAAAUAAAAUCGACCCAAUCAUGCAAGAAAUUUAAUUUGGGGGGGGGGGGGGGCCCAUUGUUGUCUCAAUAUGAAAACUGAACUCGAAGCAUCCAUACAGGGACAAAUAACCAAUCAUGAUGGUACAUUUGUGCCACAUGCUCAAUAGAACUGACCUGCAUGCCUUGAGAGAUUUGUGACAUGUAAAUAGCUGUAUAUAGAAAUAGUUUAUGCAGUGGCUGCAACUUGUGUUUUUAGUAAGAGUUGGAAUGAAAUGUGUAUUGUACUAAUGCUCACAUCUGCAGUGUUUAAUCCAUGUGUGAAUCUGUCUUCAAUAAGGUGAUUAACUUGCAAAUCUAAAAAUUGUUUCUUUAUGAAUAAAUUAUGACAGUUGUUGAAUACUUCUAUCUUAUAUUUUUGUCGAGCGGAACUUAUCAUACAAGUAAUAAUUGUCAGUCUUCCUCUGUGUCAAUGUUUUACUUUUUCGACUUCUUGAAAACUACAAGCCUAGUUGCUUUAAUACUUGGUAUAUAUGUACCUUGAGUAGACCUCAAUGCGUUCAUUUCAUGAUCAUAUCUUUAAUUUUGGGGAAUACCGCAAGUCC